AUGAGAGAAAAAAAAAUUUAUUUUUGUGUGUUUCUGAUUGAUUUAUAAAUGAAUAUGUAGGAGGAGGAAACGUGCUAUAUACGUACAUAUACAUACACGCAUGGCUGCCCAAUCAUCUUCGUCUGAAAUUAUCAUUGAUGAGCUUCAGAAGCUUCUCCUCAGUGAGAAUGAAAGGAUAGAGGAAUAUGUGAAGGCCAAAAUUGAGAAGCUGAUUGCUGAUCACGCAGAAAAGAGAGAGCCUUGUCAUUGCAGCCCACCUGUCAAAAGGAUUAUUGAUGGCUUUCUUCACUUCAAGGCCUGCAAAUUUGACAAACAUCCAGAAAUUUUCGAACCACUUGCAAAAGCUCAGGACCCCAGGUUUUUGAUUUUCACUUGCUCCGACUCACGAGUAAGCCCCUCCCAUGUUCUUGAUUUUCAACCUGGGGAAGCCUUCAUGGCCCGCAACAUUUCUGGCAUAGUUCCGCCAUUUAACGAGUUAAGAUACUCCAGUGUUGGUGCAGUAAUUGAAUAUGCUCUCACAGUACUUAAGGUAGAGAACAUUCUGAUUAUUGGACACAGAAAAUGCGGUGGGAUAGAUAGACUCAUGAAUCUUCCGGAUGACUCUACUCAUCAAAAUGACUUCUUAGAUGACUGGGUUAAAAUCGCAUUACCUGCUAAGACCAAAGUCGAAAAAGAAUUUGGAGAUCUGCCAAAAGAAGAACAAAUUAAAAUUUGCGAACGAGAGUCGGUGAAUAAUUCUCUGUGCAACCUGUUAUCAUAUCCUUUAGUGAGCAACGGAUAUAAAAGGAAGAAAAUAGCUUUAUGGGGUGGCUAUUAUGAUUUUGAAGAUGGACAUUUUGAGCUUUGGGAGUUCAGAUCUAAAAUGCCUCCCAUUAUCGUAGGAGGAUGCAUCAAAGUUUCUCCUUGAGCCACAAAUUCAUUAUUAAGAUUAAUAUUGCUUAAUUAACUUUGUCAUAUUUAUAAUGAGGGUGUUUCAUUUAUAUAUGUUUUAAACAAAUAAUUAAUAGUAUCAAACAAUCUUUUGACAGAAUGGUUGGUACUUCCAUCUCUUUAUAAAAAGUUGUGAGUUUGAGUU